UGAUUUUCGCCAUCCAUAUUUCCUCCUUUCCUUCCAAUCCUGUUUGCAACAAUUUUUUUUUAUAUUAUGAGUGCUUUUUACGUUUUUUUUUCUCCCUAUUUUGAGCCAUACCUAUUUGCAUCUCACUCAUUUCUAUAUAUUUCACUCUCAUCAUACAUAUAAAAAAUAAUAUUUAAAUAUAAUUAUGAUUUGACAAUUUAAUAUGAAGUAGAAAAAUAGAUUUAGCAUAAGAUACAACUAAGUACUUUAUUUUUAUUUUUUCAUUUCAAUUUUCUGUCUUUUCUCUUUUUAGUCUACUCAUUACUCCCUUUUUUCUCUUCAUCUCUACCUUAUUCCAUGUCAUUUACUCUUUUCUUUUAUAUGUUUCGACAAUUCAUUUCAAUUUUCACAUAAAAAAUAACGUAAAAAAUGAGAUGAAUUUUUCUUCAUGAGGAGGGGAAAAAAGGGGGUUCGUCCGAUCCGCUUUUCGCUUUGGAUUGGGCAUAAUUUCAGCUUCGGUUAGCGACAUCGGAGACCAAGCAAAGCACAGAAGCAACGACGAGAGCAUCAGAGACGAAAUAGAUGCAUCUUCUCUCUGCAACUUCGAAUUUUUGUCCUACUCCCCAUUGCUUCCCACUAAAGGAAAAGCGACGGACCGUAGUUUGUCAAAUUCGUACACAAGUUAAGAUUCUCAACUCCCUGGCUCCCCCUCUCAUUGCGGUGUUUCUAGCAUUAUCUCCCCUCAACCAAACCCCAGGAUGUCUUGCACUUGCCCAAACGGCAGAAAUAGAAAGAGGAGGUGCAUUGUUUAAUCAAGCUUGCAUUGGCUGCCAUGAUGGAGGGGGAAACAUAAUUCAGCCCGGUGCCACACUCUUUUCAAGUGAUCUUGAAAGAAAUGGAGCUGAUGCCGAAGAGGAGAUCUACCGGAUUACAUAUUAUGGGAAAGGAAGAAUGCCUGGUUUUGGUGAGAACUGUAAGCCAAGGGGUCAGUGCACAUUUGGUCCCCGUUUGCAGGAGGAAGAAAUUAGGCUUUUGGCGAAGUUUGUAAAGGUACAAGCAGAUCGGGGGUGGCCAAACCCAUAGACGGGUAAUGAUUUUGGGGCCAGAUUAUUAUUGCCUUGGUUACCAAGUAUUAUUUUAUGUUUACUCUGUAUAAAAUUGAAGUCUUACCGGUCAAUAUUUGUGAACCAAUGGCCUUAUAUGACAACUGAAAAGCUAGGAUGGACUGUAAGUAUAAUCCUUUUGAUAACUAGCAACGUUUAAACGCUGUAAUCAACUGUAAUCAUGGAUCUUUCUUAAAGUGAUAUCCAUACUUCGCUCUGGCACGUGAAUUGAUCAUAAAA